AUCUCACAAGUGGUGAAUAUGGAUUACGACAAGCAUACAAAAGUGUUUCAAAAAUAUCAAUAUUACUCGAGCUUAAGGAACGUAAAUAAUAAAAGUUGUAAGAAGCCGACAUUGCUGAUAAACAGAGUGAAAAUUCAGGAAUCGAGAUUACAAGUGAAUCCCCAAUUGCUGAAUAUCUUCCAUCCUAAGAGCACUACUCCACUUUGAGGUGUCUCAUCAGCAACUGUGAGAACCAGGCCAGCAUUGACCAAGCCAACCCCAUGUUCUAAGAAUCAGCAGCCUGAUUAUCAGUCUAAUGAAGAACCAAGACACAGUGUCCCUACUCAUAAAUAAGAAUGAUUGAGACCAUUAUACUAACUAUGUUAAGUCAAGAAUAAAGAGAUCUCCUCAGAAAUUCUCUAAACAAGCAGAUUACCUUGUGACUCCAAGUAGCCCACAUUGGUCAAAGGCAUGGCCAGGCUUGAUGAAGACAACUCCGUCACCUAUGAUUCAUAAGGAAAGGAUAAAGACAGCAAGAGGACGUGGACACCGUCAGAACGAUCCCCUAGGAUGCCCAACUUUCCGUAUAACACGUAAAAAACAACUAACAAAGAGCUUAAACUGCUCUCCGAGACCUCUAAAGAACAACCACUCCUUUAAGGUCACCAAAAGGCCAAAAUCCCCCAAAAAAAUCACUCCUUCCAAAGCUUAUCCCAGCCUCCAGCACCCAAAAGGCUUCUUCCAAAACAUCCACCUCCAAAAACUCUUCAACAGCCCUCGUUGCUCCUAAUCCAGUAC